UUUGUGUGUCUGUCUAUAAUUUUAUCAAGGGAUAGGGUUAGUAAUUAUUGGUAAUGAUAUAUCGUGAUUAUUCACUGUGUGUUGAAAGUAUAUCAGAAAUAACGAUUUAUUUACAACUGUGAAACUUUAAUUCCAAAAUGCCCAUCCUUUACAGUGUUGUGGCUAGAGGGACUACAGUGUUGGCCAAGUAUGCGUCUUGUCCCGGCAACUUUGCUGAAGUGACCGACCAGAUACUGACCAAAAUACCUCCUGAAAAUGGAAAACUCACUCUGUCACAUGGAAAAUACUUGUUCCAUUACAUUUGCGAAGAUAGAAUCAUCUACAUGUGCAUCACUGAUGAUGAAUUUGAAAGAUCAAGAGCCUUUUUGUACCUGAAUGAAAUAAAACGAAGAUUUCGCUCGACAUAUGGGAGCCGAAGUGAGACUGCCAUUGCUUACGCAAUGAACACUGAAUUUUCACCAAUACUCAACAAUGAAAUGAAACAUUAUUCAGAAUCUCGUGACAUUGACACAAUAUCAAGAGUGCAUGGGGAACUGGAUGAGUUAAAAGACAUCAUGGUUCGUAAUAUCGACAAUGUCGCUAUGAGGGGAGAGAGAUUAGAACUGUUAGUAAAUAAAACAGAAAACUUGAGUGCAAGUUCUGUGACCUUCAGGACUCAAAGUCGAAACUUGCAACGAUCUUUGUUCUGGAAAAAUAUAAAGCUCUAUGUUAUUUUUGGAGUUGUUUUCGCAAUCAUCAUCUACAUCAUGAUCUCAAUGCUGUGCGGAUUUACCUGGGGCCAAUGUUUUUAAGUUCAAGUGUCCACAUGUAAAAUAUUAUCUAUGUAAGUUUUAUUUCCUAUAUUCUACCUGUGUUUUUCUUAUUAUAGAUUUAUUAUGUGUAUAACAUUUGUAUAAACCAUAAACUAUAUAUUAAAAUACUGUAAAUUGUU